AUGAUUGAUGAAUAUUGUGCCGUAUAUCCUACUGAAUUUCUAAACAAGCUUUGUCCUGGUGGUAUGAGUCCUCAUGUGCUAGAGCUGAAAGUAAAUAGUCCUGUUAUUCUGUUAAGAAACAUUCUUCCAUCAUCUGGCUUGUGUAAUGGAACAAGACUAAUAUGUAAACGAUUUUUUCGUAAUCUCAUCGAGUGUGUUAUUGCUGUUGGACAUAAAAAAGGUCAGCAUGUGUUGAUUCCGAGAAUAUCUUUACGCCCAUCAGACUCAACAGGCUAUCCUUUUCAAUUUAAGAGGAAACAGUUUCCUUUGAAACUUAGCUUUGCAAUGAAAAUCAAUAAAGCUCAGGGACAGACACUUAGUCGAGUUAUGGUUUUUCCACCACGAUCAUGUUUUUCACAUGGACAAUUGUAUGUUGCGCUCUCUAGAGCUCGAAAAUCAGCUAAUGUAGGUGUUAUAAUGACGAGGGAUGGAACUAGGUCGUUGAAACUAAUCCUCCCUCGAUCAAACUAA